AUGGAUGACUUUCAUGCAUCAGACGAAGAUUCCGACUUCGAGUCGCUCCCAGUCAAGAAGAAGCACAAGACAAAAUCAACAAAACCCUCCGCCGAGAAACCCCUCCCCAAGCACAAGAUCUUCCCCUUCAUGCAACUCCCCGCCGAGAUCCGUAACAUCAUCUACGAAUACACUCUCACCGACCCCCUCGGCAUCAGCUUCAUAGCAACCAUCCACAACCGCCGCCGCCAAACCCAACGCAUCUCUGCUGCACUUCAGAGACGCAUGUCUGAAGGCAGCUACUACAGGACCAAGAACACCAUCAGCACCGACACCGACACUCAGGACGAAGAGCCCGCCCCCCUCGUCCCCGCGCUCCUCGCUGUCUGCAAGCAAAUGCACAGCGAAGGCAAGGACAUCCUGUAUGGCAACGACUUUGUCUUUGCCGAUAGCUUCGCUCUGUACUCUUUUAUGAUCAACCUCGGUACUAGCGGUGCAAAGAACAUGAAAAAGAUCACACUGCGGGGCUGGCUCGACGGCCGUGCGACAAAGGCUUAUAACCACAGUUGUUUCGCUGCGCUUCUCCCUGCUACGAAUCUCACUUCCGUUAUCAUUGAAACCCCAGGCUCAUAUUCUAGUCAAUCCAAGCGUAUUGCGCAUCAGUUGUACCGCGACGCUUUUCCUUGGCUGGAGGCCGUGGCUGCGGCAAAGGGCAAGGUGGACGCUGCGCUUGAUGUUUUGCAGUUGGGUGAUGGCUUCUUUCGCCAACCGUGGGGUCGCCAAUCGCAGAGUUCGGACAGGAAGGCGAAGACGAAGGAGUUUAUGACUGAGUUGGGUAAGCUUCUGCGUGCGCAGCAUAUGAGGGUUAUGGGCGCGGCGCCGAGGAACGUGAGGAAGGUCGCUAAGGUUGCUGAGGAUGCUGAGGAUUCUGAGAUUUCCGAGGAUUCUGGAGUGGAGUGAAUGUUGGUCGUGGGAAAGGAGGAGAACUCGAAGACUGUUGAUUCGGAUGUGGUUAUGAGUACGCACACACGAUGGAGAGAGGGAGGCUCUGAGAUUUUGAGCAUGCAUGGGAAAGUAUGGAGAUGAUAAUGGCCAAACACACACAAGGGCACGACUGGUCUGAUUUCGGAGUUUGCUUUUAGAUUUACACGGCUAGAAAGACCGCUGAUGCACAGGCCUCAUGAGUCUGAGUUGCGAAAGUAUGAGAUUUGUACAUUAAUAGAGAUCAAUGACUGAAUGAUAACAAUAUCCAAACCCACAAAA